CACUCCAAACGCCACAACAAUCGCUCGUCGGCCGAGCUUUCUACAGGCGAGUCUGGACUCCACUUGCUGCAGCUCUGUUCUGUUCUGGUCGACCGACGGCUUCUCUCUAUCACGGCUUCUCGGUUCAACUGUCUGUCUGCCUGCCUGCCUGCCUGCCUGCCUCCUCCUCUUCCUCCUCCUCCUCUCUCUCACUCACUCACUCUCUUUCUCCUGAGUCCUUCGCCAUCGGCAUCUUUUAAGACUCCUUCCUAACUCCCUUCCUUGCCCACUUCUUCUCUCAUCUCUUCUCAUCUCAUCUCAUCUCAUCUCGUGCCUGCAGUGCAGUUCCAUUGCAGGCCUACACAUUCCAUCCCCAUAACAACACAAAUCUGUCACUGGACGUCUUCGUGUGCUGCAUUGCCUAGCUCCUGCUGCACCUAUUUUUAGAUUGCAUCCAAUCCCCCUCCCCUCCUCUCCUCUCUCCCGCAUUCACGUCGCAGCACUCUCGUCUCCACUCCUGCUCAGCUCAGCUCUCUCUUUCUCUUUCUCGCGCUCUCAUCCGGCCUUCUGUCUCUGGCUGUACCUUCGUCUGCCACCGCUGCUGCUGCUGCUGCUGCUGGGAUUUGUCAUCUCCAGCCCUGUGGCGUACUCCUCGCAUCACCACGAUUUGGUGGUCGGAGUACAAUCGCCCAAUAUUCACUGAAGGCGGCGUUCGGUCCUGCUCAUCUCUGAGCACUCUCGGUUAUAACAUAUACUGUCACUAUCGUAUCGUGCUAGAGAGGGGAAGGGGGGAUGGCGGGUGGGAGAGGAUUCGUUUGAAGAGAUCUCGCUCAAUUCUCCACAUCCGAAUCUGCGCAUGCUCGACUCUCACAAUUUCGCCGGUCCUGCCUCGGAAGGAGCCGAGCCUCUGAAUCAGUCGUUCACUCGCGUGUGCACUGGUGCUGCUGCCUCGUCUCCGUGUGCACGCCAUGGGUGCCUUGACUUUGCGGAUGCUCUUGGUUUUAACAUUGGCGGUUAUGACAGAAUGCGGUCGUCCUCUUCAGAGUUCGCAUAUGAGCUCAUUGGUCAUGUCCAUGCUCCAGACUCCACCGAAACCACUGCAGCCGCCUCCUCUAUCUCCUAUACAGCGCGAACAGAUGCUUCAGGCUCGCAAGCCCCCGUCUCCGACAGCUGAGGAAUAUCAUCGUGCAUAUCGAUUUGGUAGUCCUGUCGUCCACGGAAGUGCUACCGCCAGCAGCAGCAGCAGCAGCAAGAGCACGAGCACGAGCACGAGUCUUACGACGGUGGACAUGAACCAAGUCCAAUACGGGUCGGGGGUGAAUGGGGGCCGGGCGUGGGGCUUCCAACUGCUGCACAAAAAUCCGGCGGGGCCCAAUCCCAUAGGCAACGAGUUCCGGCCGGGCAACAGCAAGACGGUGGCCAAGAAGAAUCGCUACCCUCCGCCAUACGGUGGCUGAAGCGUGCGUGCUCGCGUGAGUGAUUGAUUAGCUAGGCCAGCACCGAAUCGUGAUUCCCAACCCCCUCCCAACUUCUUUCAAGCUUAUAGAUAGAAUUGUUAGCACCCCAUGUUGUGAGUGAUCACAUUCUACGAUAUACCACUGUGAAUUCGCGGAUGCAGUCCCAAUCCUGACAGCAUCCCGAGUUUGUAUACUCUCUAUGUCCUAUAUCUCGCCAAUCGCGCGAACACAGGGGGAACUGUUCAACAAGACGAAGACGAAGAUGAUGAUGAUGAUGAUGAAGAAGAAGAAGAAGAAGAAGAAGGGGAAGAAGAAAUUGAUGCACAUGAUCUGAGCUCCAUGGGCCGGAUCGAUGAUAGGUCGAACUCAGUAGCUGUAGAUGGAGGAGGAGAAGAAGAAGAAGAAGAGGAGGAGGUGAAGGUGGAGAGAAGUGAUGGACAUUGUGUAUGUAAAUAUAGGAUAGGAGGACCUACAGGCGCGGUAGAGAGAGAGAGAGAGAGAGAGAGAGUGCUUAAUCAAUUCGAGGGAAAGAAUCAGGCGGUUGACCGCGAGAUGUGCUAGACAUCGUCGAAAUAUCGCCAUACUUGUCAUACAAUAAUAAGCGCUUCCGAUUCAUGGAUUUCAACACUCGAACGCGUGCACUGUG